UGCUCUCGUCCCUUGAGAACACUAUUAUUCUUGCUUUCCCCAUCUUCGGAGCGCUGACUCCACGAAAUCUUGCUCUCUCCCUCUCUUUUUGUUUUUCUCUUUCAGAUUCUGUUCAUCGGAAUAUAAUCUCCAUCCAUCGAUCUGCUUCGUAGCGGGGUAUUUUUUUUUUUUGAAUUUUCAAAUGGCUUCGAGUUUUGAUCGGUGGGAGAAAGAUCCUUUCUUCUCUGCCGCCGAUGAAGUUCAAGAAUCGGCCGACAGGAUGGAAUCUACGUAUAGAACAUGGAUUCAUGCAGAGAAAGACGCAUCUAGCAUGUGGGAUUCCGAAGAACUCCGCCGGGAUCUUCAUACCGCCCUUGGCACUACCAAAUGGCAGUUAGAAGAGUUUGAACGGGCUGUCCGGUCCAGUUACGGGAAAAACUCAAGUGAUGAUGCAAGAGGCCGGCACCAUGAGUUUAUUAUCGCAAUUGAAGACCAGAUUUCAAAAAUUGAAAAUUCCUUGAGGGUAUCCAAUCUUUCAGAGAGCAAGGCAUCAUUGCCUUGGGUACGAUUAGAUGAAGGUGAACGCAAUGAACUUGCAUUGUUUCUUUCAGGACCGUCAACGUUUGUAGACAAAACCACUGUAAAAAGUACUACUCAAAAGGAUAUUGAGAAUCCGCAAGUGACAGAUAAUGGUUCAGCACAUGAUUGUUCAAAGAACUCACAGGAUUCAGCUGAGUGGGAUUCUGUGGAGGCUAGGGAAGAAAAAUCAUAUGGGCAUAGGAGAACUGCUAGUGCUAGUGCUGACAUUGGUGCUUGGAAGAUUGUGGUUCCCGAUGACGAAUGCCAACAGAGUUCUUCUAAUGGGCAGACUGUAUUACCUUUUCGAAAGAUACCCAGUUUGUCAGGAUUUCUAAGUUCCGUGGAAUAUGCUUCCAAGUUGAAGUGGUCAAAGAAUGGUUUCAGGAAGUGGAAGGCAAUGGAUCGCCAACAAGAAGCUGAUACUGCAUUUUUGCAAUCUCCGCAGUUGUCCAGGGGCAUUAAUGUGUGCUAUGAAAGAAGUAAGAGUUGCCUGGAUGGUUGCGACGAUUGUUAUGAUAAGCAACUUUAUGGCUGGUAUGGAGCUAUUCAGAGACAGCUUCAAAGAUCUCAGUACCAGAUGCAAUAUAGUCGGCCUGUUCAAGUGAUUUUUUGGAUUGCUCUUCUCGUCUUUUUGAUUGUUAUAAUAUCAUGUGCGCUGUAGAAGGGAUCCAUUGAUGUUCUCCAUCUGGAAUUUAGUAGUGGAUGGUAGAGGAUCUCGGGGAAUUUGAAUGAAUGCACAUUGUUUGGCUGUCACUGGAGUUCAAUGAAAGGUAGGUCUUGUCAUUCUUUCUCACAUAAUGCCACGUUUUAAGCCUGUAAGCUUUUGGGUGAUUACAUCAGAGUGACACCCCACCACCCACCCCUCCCCGCUCUUUGUUUAUGCUUUUUAUUUGUUCUCUCCAAUUUCUUAUGAUGGUUAAACUCUGUCAUAAGAGGCAAGGAGAGGGCAAAAGAAAGUUGGCUUAGGGUUGUAAUUCAGAAUAUGUUAAUUAGCCUUUUGCUUCUGAAGAUGUAAAAUAUAUAAAUUUUUUUAGUGGAAUUUCAUUUGAAUUUCUAGCUGCC